AUAGUUUUCUACUCUCAAUCCUUCUUCUUCUCCCCUCAACCUUAAAACGGACGAUAGCGGUUGAUUUCCUCCAGCUUCUUGCUCCACCCACCAUCAUCAUCCCUUACAUCUACGCGACUCCACAUUGUAUCACCUGCUCAUCAUAGACAUCGAAUAUGUCAACACCGGCAGCUCCUCCUGAUCUGGGCACUAACACUGCCGACCGCAAGAUUAUUGUGGGCAUCGAUUAUGGCACCACCUUCACCGGGGCUAGCUAUGUAAGUUCUCGAGGGACAACACUGAAUGAUAUCACAGUCAUCAACACAUGGCCGGGAAAUGCGCGAAGUAUCGACACAGUAGUCAAAACACCAUCUCGAAUUGCGUACGCGUCCGAAAACGAUAAGGCCGCGAGGGAUCUUUGGGGUUACCAGGUCGCACCUGGCAUGAAAGCAUACUCCUGGACAAAGCUACUGUUGGACAAAAACAUGCCUUUGACAGAAUACGACGACGUGGCUCUCGAGAAGGAUCUUCAAGCUGGUAUCCUGAAUCUGCCAGCCGGUAAGACAGCGGUCGAUGUUGCUGCAGACUAUCUGAAUCAUAUCUACCAACACAUCAAGUAUACCCUUGCCCGUCAUAUAACGCAGGUAGAUCUGGAUAUCACCCCACUGGAGUACUGGUUUACUGUACCGGCGAUAUGGUCGGAUCAAGCCAAGGAUGCUACUCAAAGUGCCGCUCGAAGAGCAGGAUUUUGGUCCAGCGUGGCCAGGCCCCACGAUCGAUUGUAUUUCAUCACCGAGCCUGAAGCGGCGGCAGUUACAGCCCUGAAAAAGUAUACCAGUGAGAGCAUCGGAGGCUCCGUUAAAGUUGGCGAUGGUGUGCUCAUCUGUGACUGUGGCGGAGGGACUGUUGAUAUUACCACCUACGUUGUCAACAAGGUAGCCCCAGUCCUGAAGUUCGAGGAACUGUUGACAGGCAUUGGGGGCAAGUGCGGGUCUACUGCGAUUGAUCGUAAUUUCUACAAGCUCAUGUUGCACCGGUUCGGAUCCGCGUUCCAAGAUUUGCCCGCGUCUGCGAAAGGCCCCGGUAGCAACUUCAUGAACAGAUUUGAGAUUAUCAAGAGAGACUUUGGGACAUCCUGCGAUUUCGAUGUGUUCGAGUUGCCUCUGAACAUGAUUCCGCCUAGCGGGGUUAGUUCCAAGGAUUUCGAUGCAGACGAACGUCUGGUAAAGAUUACCAGUGAUGACUUGCGUACUGUGUUUGAUCCGGUCGUCGAUCAGAUCAUCAAACUCGUCCAGCGGCAGAUCAAUGAUGCUCGCAAACUCGGUGAUCAAGGGAAAAUCAACAGGAUCAUCCUGGUCGGCGGGUUUGGCGACUCCGAAUACCUGCGUCAGCGUGUUCUUCGAACAUUUGAAACUAGCAGCAACAUCACCAUCACCAUACCAACCAACCCGCAAGCGGCAAUUGUCCAAGGUGCUGCUCUUCGCGGCUUGGAGGGCAUCAGAUCUACCACCAAGCGGUGCCGUCGCCAUUAUGGCUUUGACUGGAGCCAUGAAUUCCGUGAAGGGUACGAUGAUGACAGAAACGCCUAUACCGAUCCUUUUAAUGGCACGAAGAGAAUCGGGGGUAUUGUGAGGUGGAUGAUCGCUAAGGGUGAGAAGCAUGCCGAGGAUUACAAGCAAACCACAUGCGUUGCCCAACCCCAUCGAUAUUGUAACUCCCUGAAGAAACGCAACGCCCUUUGGGCUAGUGAUCGAACAGAUGCACCCGAACGAAUGGACGACGACGGCGUUUACAAGGUUGGAAGUAUUAUUGUCGACUUCGCCCAAGUUGAUCUCGCUCUCUUUCCCGUCAAGACUCGAGAAGGUCGCAAGGUCUACCGCCUUGAAUACAACAUCAGAGUUACAUUCGGCGCGCAGGACGGCUUGCUAAAAUUCGAAGCGACUUGCCAGGGGAAGACAAUCGGCCGAACAAGCAUCGAUUACGGGACCUAGCAUCUCGCCUACUUGGUGCGAGCGUUGUCAUGUCAUACCUAGUAAAUCGGCGCCCGUUCCAGAUGGUGAUUUUUGGUGUAUUUUUUGUAGUCAUUUCAACUCACAGCAAGGGAUCUUGGUCUCCCGGUGCUCACUGGUGCUGUUAGCUAGGCAAAAACUUCUUGGGAAACCAGGAUCAUCGCCAGCCGCAUGAUAUGGUAGAAUAAGGAAUACGAUCGCAGC